AUGGCGUUUGUACCAGCUCCAGGCUACCAGUCUGCCUACAAUCCCCCAAUACCUUAUACUACAAUGAUUGCCGGAGGACUACGAACAAAAAUGGGUGUCUUUAUCCAAGCCACACUUCCCCAUGAUCAUAAGAGGUUUACGAUUAACUUUUCCCCGGCUGAGGGUGAAGAUUCAGACCUUGCCCUCCACAUGAAUGCUCGAUAUGACGGUCGAGACCGGUUGUCUUUAACUCACGUCUGAAUGGACAAUGGAAGGAUGAGGAAAUGAAAAAAGACAUGCCCUUUAAGGCUGGAAAGGUCUUCAGUAUCAUGUUUGAGAUUACUCCAAACAACUACCUGAUAGCGGCUAAUGGGGACCGUUUCUAUGAGUUUGGACACCGUAUUCCUGUGGACCAAGUGAGGUGGCUGAGUGUGUCUGGAGAUAUCAUCGUCCAACACCUGGCCAUUCUUGGCUGUGGUACUGGAGUGAAGGGAAGUCUUGUGAUGUCACCCAUGCAAGCUGAGCUUAUUCCUAUGAUGGGACCUCCAGCCCUACUUCCAACAGUCCCAUUCAAAGCUAACAUCAAUGGAGGAAUGAUACCAAAGCGCUCUGUGGUUGUGAAAGGAAUACCAGUUGGCAAAAGCUUUUCUAUAAACCUCAAAAAUGGAAGCAGCAGUGAUAUUGCAUUGCAUAUUAACCCCCGCCUGUCAAAAAAUGCUCUAAUCAGGAACAGCUUCGUCAAUGGUACCUGGGGACAAGAAGAAACACAGGUUACCAAAAACCCAGUCAAGCAGGGUGACUACUUUGAGCUUUCUAUUCGCUCUGGACAGAAGUCAUUUAAGAUCUUUAUGAAUGGAAGUCCCCUUUGUGACUACGGUUACCGCGUUUUUUUAAUUUGGCACAAGUGGACACCCUGGAAGUGGAAGGAGAUGUAAAACUAUCUUAUGUGCUCAUCUAA